AUGGGCCGCAGCCUGGAGCCGUCUUUUCGAAUGGCGCCAGAAGUGACGGAAUACAUCAACCUGAAUAUUGGUGAAGCACAAUGCCUACCUACUUCAUCACUCGUCUUGGUGUCGGCAUUUGCAUUUGCAUUUGUUGGUGAGGCCAGCUCUCACUUAGUUCUCAGUUUCUACCAACACGGCGAGGGGAAAGUUGAAUAUGAUCUUUAUUGCGCCCCUGAGUACUAG